UCUCUCUCUCCGUUCGUUCGCUUACUCCGACGUUUAACAGAGACACUCUCUUAUUUGUUGCUUUUUCUAUCUCUACAUCUCGAGAACCAAUGUUGCUCAAGGCUUCUCCCGCUCUCUCUCUCUCCGGCGGCGGAACGAAUCUGUUUUAUCCGUCGAGAAAUUCGUCGAAUCCUCUGUUUUCUUCUCGUGGAUCUACGUUUUCUGUUAAGGCGGCGAAAGGAACGAACACGAAGUCGUUAACCGGAGUUGUAUUCGAACCUUUUGAGGAGGUCAAAAGGGAAAUGGAUCUCGUUCCCACUACCCCUCUUGUUUCUCUCGCUCGCCACAAGUUUCACGAAGACUCUGAAUCUGCGAUCAACGAUCAGAUCAACGUGGAGUACAAUGUCUCCUACAUUUACCAUGCCCUGUAUGCCUACUUCGACAGAGAUAAUGUCGGCUUGAAAGGUUUCGCAAGGUUCUUUAACGAUUCGAGUCUUGAAGAACGAGGUCACGCUGAAAAGUUUAUGGAGUAUCAGAACAAGCGUGGUGGGAGAGUGAAGCUGCAGUCUAUUUUGAUGCCCGUCUCUGAGUUUGAUCACGAGGAGAAGGGAGAUGCAUUGUAUGCCAUGGAGCUUGCAUUGUCUUUGGAGAAACUAACUAAUGAAAAGCUUCUGAAGUUACAAAGUGUUGGUGUGAAGAACAAUGAUGUUCAGCUGGUUGAUUUUGUAGAAUCUGAGUUUCUAGGCGAUCAGGUUGAAGCCAUCAAGAAAAUCUCAGAGUACGUUGCACAGCUAAGAAGAAUGGGAAAGGGUCACGGAGUGUGGCAUUUUGAUCAAAUGCUUCUCCAUGAGGUUUAAAGAAGUAGAGCUGCAGCUUUUGAUGAUGAUGAUUCUGAUUCGGUUACAGUCUUCCUUGUGCUAUACAGCACCGUUUGUCCUUUCUUUUCUUUGGUUUUGUUUGUUUAACCGAAUGGUUGAGGGUGUUUUAAUGCUGCUGAAUAAUGUAAUAACUCGUAGUCUGAUAAUAAAUGCAAGCCCACUGCUUUAAUGCGA